AUGGAAAAAUUCUUGUUUGCAAAUCAACGUGAACUUGAUGCUGCUGUAGGAAGUAUAUUUUGGGCUGAUCAACAGGAUAUUAUCUUUAUCUACAGUGUAUCUUCUCAAAUAGUCACAUCGUCUUCAAAAUUUGAAACUGUCUAUGUCACGGCAGGAAUACAUUCGACUGAUGUUGUCAUUUGUACAGAGGAAGGUGUUACGGUUGAAGAUGAUGAACUCUUUAUUGAAAUUAUCGAUUUGGAAGGAGAUCAGUCAACAAACCUAUCACUAUUGAAAGAUACAUUUUAG